AUGCUGGAAAAAGCAAGACUGUACACAAAGAUUGUGGGUUAUACCCUCUACGUUAUCUGGGCAGAGCUACGACUUGCUCUCGGAGCCGCCAUCGUGCGACGACAAGCCUCCUGGUUUGGGUCUUUAGGAGCAGAGGAAAGGACUCGCAAUAUCGUCAUCGUCGGUGCUUCUUUUGCAGGUUACCGUGUGGCUCAAAUCGUUGCGAAAGCCUUGCCUCCACGAAGCCCGUAUCGAGUCGUCGUCAUCGAGCCAAACAGCCAUUUUCAGUUUACUUGGGUGCUUCCGAGAUUUUGCGUUGUUCAAGGCCACGAGCACAAGGCUUUCAUUCCUUAUGGGGGAUAUCUGAAAGGGGCCAUAGAGGGUUCAUACCGCUGGGUGAAGGACAGGGUCACCGACAUUGAUCGCACGUCUGUGAAGCUGCAGGACAGCGGCGAGGUGAUCCCAUACGAAUUCCUUGUCAUUGCUACGGGAGCAGGGGUCAAAGAUGGCCUUCCAUCGCGAGUCAAUGCUACAGAAAAGCUACAGGGGAUGAAGCUCCUGCAGGGGAUGCAAAAAGGAAUCGAAGCAGCCAACACGGUCGUCGUCGUUGGAGGAGGCGCCGCUGGAGUCGAAGUCGCCACAGAUGCCAAGGCCCUCUAUCCAGAAAAGCACAUCAUCUUGGUCCACUCAAGGCCGGCGGUGAUGCAUCGUUUUGGCAAAGGCCUCCAAAAAGCUGCGCGAGAAGGCCUUGAACGACUAGGCGUGGAACUUAUCCUCGAAGACCGCGUUGUGGAGGAAGAUGCGGCUUCGGGAACAGUGACCCUGAAAUCUGGCCGAAAGAUCUCCUACGAUUUCUAUAUGAACUGUGCCGGACAAAGGCCACUCUCCGACGUGAUUGCCAACCUUUCUCCCAACUCGAUCUCGUCCACGGGGCACAUCAAAGUCAAGCCAACCCUUCAAAUAGACGAUGAUUCUCUGCCGAAUGUCUACACAUGCGGUGAUGUUGCCGAUACCAAGACUCCGAAUCCAAACUCUCGAUCAGGUACGCGUCAAGCAACUAUUGUGGCGGAAAAUAUUCUCCUUGCAGUUGCCGGCAAGAAGCCGCGCCACAUCUACAAGAACUACUGGGUAGAUGGGAUAAUUAAAUUGACUCUGGGACUGGAUCGAUCAGUCACCCACCUUGGAGAUGGAAUUUCCGAGCUACUCUUUUCAUCAAAAGAAACGGACGAGGCUCUCAUGUCUGCCAUGUGCUGGUCGCGCAUGGGAGAGAAGCCAUUUGAAGACACAUACAUGGAUGAUCACGCAGCUGAGGUGGAGGCAGAUUCCAGCAAGGUAUGA